AUGUGGGGAUACCGGGUGGCACAGAGUUUCGUCUUUGCAAUUGAGGAGAUCAACAGAGACCCCCACCUGCUGCCCAACCUCACACUGGGCUUCUCCAUCUGGAACUCAGGGGACUCGGUGCACGGAGCUCUCCAUGAGACCAUGGGCUUUCUCACAGGGGUUGAGGAGCCUGUCCCCAACUACAUGUGUGGGCUCAGCCCUCCCCGGGCUGCCCUGGUUGGAGACACACGCUCAGCAGUGUCUAUCCCCAUGGCCAGGCUCCUGGGGCUCUACAAAUUUCCCCAGGUCAGCUACUCAUCCACCCUGGCCAGCCUCAGCGACAAAACCCAGUUCCCAUCCUUCCUUCGGACCCUGGCCAGUGACUUCACGUUCUCCCAUGCUCUGGCCCAGCUGGUGCUUCACUUCCGAUGGUCCUGGGUGGGCAUUCUGGCACAGGAUGAUGACUUCGGGCAGCAGAGCAGCUCUCAGGUGACCCGGGAGCUGGCCCAGGCCAGAGUCUGCAUUGAGUUCCACCUCCACAUCCCAUCCCUGCAGUCCCUGGAGAAGAUCAACACUAUCGUCCACAAGAUGGAGAAGUGCACAGCCACUGUUGUGCUGGUCUUCCUGAGCAACUCAAAUUUCCAGGACAUCCUGCAGCGCCUGCUGAGAUGUGGCAUCUCGGGCCAGGUCUGGGUCAGCCAGGACACUCUGCACACAGGGCUGGCCCUAACAAUGCCAGGCGUUUCCCAGGUCCUACAGGGCUCCUUCAGCCUUCUGCAGCACCGCAGCCAGGCCCUGGGGUUCCCCGAGUUCCUCUCUCGUCUGCAUCCCACCAGGACCCCAGAAGACAUGUUCCUGAAGAAGUUCUGGGAGGCCACCUUUGGAUGCACAUGGCCAGUGGGAAACAGCACGGUGGUGGGGGGAGUGCAGUUCUGCUCAGGAAAGGAAAGUCUAAGAGGCCAGGAGCACCCUUUCCAGAAAGUGAGUCGAGUAGACAUCGCAUACUCAGCAGUUUAUAGCAUUGCCCACGCCUUGCAGGACCUAGUGGCUUGUGAGCAAGAGGACCAGGCAUGCACAGACACUCAGCACCUCCAGCCCUGGCAGCUUCUUCAACCCCUCAGGAAGGUGCAUUUCAAGAUCCCUGAUGGGACAGAGAUCACGUUUGAUGCCAAUGGAGAUUUAGUUACAGAAUUUGAUGUACUACAUGGGCAGAAGACUGCUGAGGGCCGGUUCCACUUUGUCCGCAUAGGCACUAUCAAGAAGAGAGCCUCUCUGGGGGACAGAAUGACAGUCCAGGUGAUGGAGGAGGAGCUCCAGGUCCCCAGCUCUGUCUGCAGCAGGAGUUGUGCUCCAGGAUUCAGCCAGAUCCCCCGACCAGGCUUCCCCCACUGCUGUUUUAACUGCAGCCCUUGCCCUGAGGGACAGUUUGCAGACCAAAUAGACAUGAAGCAUUGUCUUCUGUGCCCAGAGGAGCAGUACUCGAGCCGCACCCGAGACCACUGCCUGCCUAGGACAGAGACCUUCCUGGCCUUUGAGGAGCCCAUGGGCCUUAUGCUGGCCUCAGUAGCACUCAUGCUGGCUGGGCUAGCAGUGCUGGUCCUUGGGGUAUUUCUGAAGCACCGGGACACACCAGUGGUCAGGGCCAACAACAGAGCUCUCAGCUACAUGCUCCUCACCUCUCUGGCUCUUUGUGCCCUCUCUGCUUUGCUCUUCAUUGGCCGUCCCACCGUUGCCACUUGCCUCCUCCGCCAGACCACCUUUGCCGUUGUGUUUACUGUGGCUGUUUCCUCCAUCCUGGCAAAGACCCUGACCGUGGUCCUGGCCUUCAGGAUCACCAGACCAGGGGACAGGGUCCAGAUGUGCCUGGGACCCAACGCCUCCGCCUUGGUGGUCCUCGUUGCCUCCUUAGUGCAGGUUGUUCUCUGUGGGGUCUGGAUGGGCACCUCCCCACCGUUCCCAGAUAGAGACACAGUCUCAGAACCUAGCCACAUUGUCAUCCAGUGCCAGGAAGGCUCUGGCAUUGCUUUUUCCUGUGUGCUGGGCUACUUGGGCCUCCUGGCGGGGUUCACCUUUUCUGUGGCCUUCCUGGCAAGGGGUCUGCCCAAUGCCUUCAAUGAGACUAAGUUCUUCACUUUUAGCAUGCUGCUCUUUUGCAGUGUCUGGACAACCUUCCUGCCCCUGUACCAUAGUGCACGGGGCAAGUCCACAGUGGCUGUAGAGAUCUUCUCUAUCCUGGCCUCCACCGCAGGGUUGCUGGGCAGCAUCUUUAUCCCCAAGUGCUACAUCAUCCUGUUAAAACCAGAGUGGAAUACCCCAGGCUGCGUGAGGUGAGGACCUGGGAUUGGUAGGAAAGACAGAGCAAGGAGUUCCAGAGCCAGCAUCUGCAUAGGCCCACUCCACACAUCUUCAUGAGCCAGUCCUCCCUGAAGACAUAUGGGCCAUUGAUUUGA